GGAGUACCUUUUUCAAAAGGAGCCCCCGCGCUUCUCUCUCUUUCUCUCGUAGAAUCCUCUAUUCCCUGCUUUCUUCAACUCCACACAUUAUCACUGAUUCAUAAUCUCCCUUAAUAUAUGCCAUACAAACUGAUUUCUGAAUUUUCUUUUAGUUUCCAAAGGAAUAAUCAGAACUUGGGCAAGUUUUUCGUGUCUCUCCAGCAGAUGGGGCUUUUUUGUUGAAAAGAUUUGAUUUUUCUUGAUGGGUUUUAUUUUUUGGUUUCUGGGUUGUCUACAUUCUCUUGUUUAAGAUUUUGUUUUUGGUUUUUUUUUUCUUUUUUAAAAUUUGGAUUUGAAUAUUUAUUUAUUUGUGUAUUUGGUGGGUCAUUUUUCGUUUGUCUUUGCAAGUUGUGAACUGGGUCGUUUUCUUUGGUGGUUUACCUUUUCUAUUUAAUUGUAUUUUAUUGUUAUCAUCAUGUAUGAAAAAGAAAUGAUGAAUGGUGCCGGCAACCUUAGGGUUUUGAAUAGCUGAAAGUCAAAUUUCUUUUUAUCCCUAUAGCUUUAGGUAGCGUUGAAUUUGUGUAAAGUAUUACAUUUCAGGUCAAUUUUGGAGAAAUUAUUAUAUUUAUUGAAAAAAGAAUUGUUCUUUUGAUGGUAUAAGAAUGUUUUGGCAAUUGUAGUCUAAAUUUGAAGGAGGGCUUGCCUUUUUUUUUUUUUGGUUUACUGCAAUAUCUUGCUCUUCUUCUUGAGUUUCUUCUAUUUAUUUAGGCUCAAUUGAUGAUGGCGAAAAGAUUUUAGAUAUAUUUUUAUCAUUCUUUUAGAAUAUUGGCAUAAAAAUCUCAACUUUCAUUAUUUUUGUUGGUUGAAUUCAUUGAUAGUUGUGUGGUUUUUGAGUGAUCAAUCAAGGCUAGAUUAUAUUUGGUGUUGAGAGUUACUGAUUUUGAUCUUUAAAAAUGGAUCUGAAAACAAGCUCUGGUGGUGUGGAGGUCCCAGAAACUGAGAAUUUAGAGAAUCAAAAUGGAAAUUUGGAUUCCAAAUUGAAGGGAACAGGAGGUGUUAGUGAGAAAAAUAUAUCAGCCACCGGGAUUGGAAGCAUUAGUAGCAAAGAUAUGAUCUUUCGUGCAGAUAAAGUUGAUCUGAAAAGUUUGGAUGUUCAAUUGGAGAAGCAUCUGAGCCGUGUUUGGUCAAGAAAUGUAGAGAACAAUCAAAAGCCUAAAGAGGCAUGGGAAAUUGAUCCAUCUAAGCUGGAAAUAAGAUAUCUUGUAGCUCAGGGCACUUAUGGGACCGUUUAUCGUGGUACCUAUGAUAAUCGAGAUGUUGCAGUCAAGCUAUUGGACUGGGGAGAGGACGGCAUGGCCACUGUCGCUGAAACUGCUGCUUUGAGGGCAUCAUUUCGGCAGGAGGUUGCUGUCUGGCACAAACUUGACCAUCCAAAUGUGACAAAAUUUGUUGGUGCAUCAAUGGGGACUUCCAAUUUGAAGAUACCUUCAAAAAACCCUUCUGAAGGUUAUACAAACCUUCCAUCGAGGGCAUGUUGUGUUCUGGUGGAAUUUCUCGCUGGAGGAACAUUAAAGAAUUUCUUAUUCAAAAAUAGGAAAAAGAAACUUGCCUUUAGAGUCGUGAUUCAACUUGCAUUGGAUCUAUCUAGAGGAUUGAGCUAUCUGCACUCUAAGAAGAUUGUACACCGUGAUGUCAAAGCUGAAAAUAUGCUUCUUGAUACAUAUCGAACAUUAAAGAUUGCGGAUUUUGGUGUUGCUCGUGUGGAAGCGCAGAAUCCCCAGGACAUGACUGGUGAAACUGGAACCCUUGGAUACAUGGCCCCAGAGGUUCUUGAUGGCAAGCCUUAUAACAGAAAAUGUGAUGUCUAUAGCUUCGGCAUUUGCUUGUGGGAAAUUUAUUGCUGUGAUUUGCCCUAUACUGAUCUUAGCUUUGCCGAGGUUUCUUCUGCAGUUGUUAGACAGAACCUGAGGCCUGAAAUCCCAAGAUGUUGUCCGAGUUCUCUGGCAAACAUCAUGAAAAGAUGCUGGGAUGCGAAUCCGGAAAAACGACCUGACAUGGAUGAAGUGGUGAGGAUGUUAGAAGCUAUUGACACAAGUAGAGGAGGAGGAAUGAUACCAGAAGACCAGGCGGGUGGCUGUUUCUGCUUUGCUCCAGCUCGGGGACCAUAAAAUUUCGCACUUUUUUCAUAGGAGUCUGUAGAAUUGGACGACAAUUUUAUGGUUCCAUUUUAAUUGGGCUGCUCGGGAAGUUUUGGUUCCAUUGGGUGUUUCAAAUUCAAUUCUGUUGUUCAUAAAUGAAAAACUGCUUAAAAGUUGAUGGUGAUUUGACUGUAAAUUUGAUCCGUAGCAAGAUUGAUUGUUA